AUGGACAUUAUUUUGAAGCAUGAGCUUGAAAUUAAUGAUUCAUUUAGCCAAGAAUUCAGAAGUAACCCUGCUGCAAAAAGACAAAAAACAGUUCAAUAUCUGGAGCUUGAAAAUAAAUUACUUAAGUUUCAUAAGACUGGCUAUAGCAGUUCAAAAAAAAUAUAUAGAUUAGGACAGAUAAUAAAGCAUAGAGAAGAUGCCUCUGUAGAUGAUCCUGUUGUUGCUGCUACCAUUUCUAAAUUGAAAGAAUUAUUAGAAAAAUAUGAUCUAAAGAAUAUUUAUAAUAUAAAUAAAACUGAGUUGUUUUAUUAA